GUUUUAUUUUACGCGUUUCUCCGUGUAUUCCGUUUAUCCAACUCUCUGGACAUACUGAUAACAACACGACACCCUGGAGGAGAUUUCUAGUAUAUCGACGGAUUUUUAUUCAAGUGUAAUCAUUUUUUUGUUCCUCUUCCUGCUCCUUCCCUCUGGCUGCCAUUUAACUCCCCUACAUCUCCCAUUUUGCCCUUUAGGAUUGCCUAGAGCUCUGGCUUGGAUCAGUUUUCCUGCUUCUGCUGGUCCCAUUGUUGUUCCUGUUCCUCUUCAUUCUCCUCCUCUUCCUGGCCCUAGAAUCCUCCACCGGUCAAAAUGCCUACGACCUACUCUAUCCGUUACAUGCAAGAGAAGUUCCACCUUCUCCUGUAGUAAUGCCCACUCUGGCCCAGUGCCAGUCUCCACCCGCUGCCCUACCCACUGUUCCUCCUCUUGCCAUCCCACCCCUUGCCAUUGCCACUGUUGCCAUCUGCAGGCUCCUGCACCAUGAAUGAUGAGGUCAUCAGCACCAAUGCACUGGCCUGGCUGGUCUGCUCCGGGGUGUCUAUCCUGGCGAACGCCUGGGGCAUCCUGAGUGUGAGUGCAAAGCAGAAGAAGUGGAAGCCUCUGGAGUUCCUGAUCUGCACACUAGCCGGCACACAUAUCCUCAACAUGGGUAUCCCUAUCACCAUGUACUGCGUCAUCCAGCUGCGCCGCCAGCACUCCAGCUAUGAGUGGAACGAAGGCCUCUGCAAGGUCUUUGUCUCCACCUUCUACACACUUACUCUGGUCACCUGCUUCUCCGUCACAUCGCUUUCCUACCACCGCAUGUGGAUGGUACGCUGGCCUGUCAAUUACAGGCUGAGCAACACUAAGAAGCAGGCUGUGCACACAGUGAUGGGUAUCUGGAUGGUUUCUUUCAUCCUGUCCACACUGCCGGCUGUGGGUUGGCACGACACCAGCGAGCGAUUCUACGCCCACGACUGUCGCUUUAUUGUGACUGAAAUCGGCCUAGGCUUUGGAGUCUGCUUCCUGUUGCUGAUCAGCGGCAGCGUAACCAUGGGAGUCAUCUGCAUCGGCAUUGCUCUCUUCCAGACGUUCUCCAUGCAAACAGGCCACAGCACUGACAAGAACAAGUUCAACGUGCCCACAAUCGUAGUCGAAGACGCGCAGGGUAAGCGUCGCUCGUCCAUCGACGGCUCUGAACCAAUCAAGACAUCGCUGCAAAUCACAUACCUGAUCAGUGGCAUCGUGUUCAUCUAUGACUUCCUGACUGGAUUUCCCAUUCUGGUGGUGAGCUUUGCCAGUCUGAAGUAUGACCAUUCCUACAGCUGGAUGGUCCUGUGUGUGCUGUGGUGCUCCAUAGCCCAGUCCAUCCUCCUCCCAAUGUUCCUGUGGGCCUGUGACCGCUACCGUGCAGACGUCAAGGUGGUCUGGGAGAAAUGUGUGGCUAUUAUGUCCAACGACGAGGUGGACGAAGAAAACAGCCAGGAUGGAGGCAUUCAUCCGGACUUAAUAUAUGACAGACCUUAUGACUAUAGCUCUGCAGCUGAUAUCAUGACGGUAGACCGUAUUGCCAAGUACGAAUUCUCAACCUUAGAAAGGGGGGUCCCCCAGUGUUAUCCAUUGAGGGAGCCUCAGGAAGAUAAAAUGCACUAUUUGCAGGUGCCCCCUACAAGAAGAUACUCCCACGACGAAACCGACAUGUGGACAACAGGGCAGAUUCCUUCCUACCUGCAUCGCUGGGGCUCCACCGAGGACAUGAUGGGUGUCCCACGUUACACCUCAAACCGCCACGAGAGGCGGCGCAGCAGCCUGGUCUCGUACCACGAGGAGAGCAUCCGCCAUCAACACGCACGUAGGAGCUCUGACGGGACACGCUCUCUCCCUCGACCCCAGCGCUCCGAGGACAAUUUGGGCUGCUUCAGUCGUGACGAGGUGAUCAAUUUUAUCGAUGAAACACCUCUGGCCAGCCCAAUUAGGAGCCCCCGCCGUGCGUCGGCACUCUCGUUAGUUUCCGCCACUCAAGAGCAUCAGAUUAUCCUGCUACCACAUUUCCCGCUCACACAUUUCGAGCGGGAGCCUCAGGCCCUGCGACGUGCUAUGGAACACAAGGGCUCACGCACUGAACUGCACCAGAGCUCACCAAGAAAGGACAGUAACAGCAGGGGGAGAGCAGUAGAAGUGGGUCUGAGCGAAUGUGGGUCUGAUAAAGGGUGCCGAGAGCAGCGGCGGGACAGAAAACGUGCUUCUGAACUAAUUUUAACAGGCCAGAGCGUGUGGACAGCAGCACACUCAUCACUCAGGGGAAAAUCAGGACAAGGGGAAGGGAAUGUGACUAAGAGCGAAAUCCAGGGGAGCAUGAACAGUUUCAGAAACUCACAAUCACCGUCGUCAAGAUAUUCCGCAUUUCAUUCGGGUUCCAUCAGAUCGACAAACUAAGAUCCUGAAGCUAUUAUUAUUAUUAUUAUUAUUAUUGUUAUUAUUAUUAUUAUUAUUAUUAUUAUUAUUAUUAUUAUACGUCGUACACACAUCUCUUAUUAUUGAUAUGAGUAUUCUUGUUAUACAUAUUCAAGUGGAAUGUUUUUGUAACAUGGGCGCUUAGUGAUUGAGUCUUGAGAAGUGGUCUAAGGCAGAGAUACGUACAUUCUUUUAUAGCUAUUUUUAAAUGUUACAAAUAUACAAAACAUGCUAAUCUUGUAUUGCAUUAUUUGGAAUUAAUAUUUCAAUUUAAAGAGAAUUAUGAAAGUAGAAAAGGGCCUUUUUUUCAGCUGGUGUUUACAAUAGCCACAACUAGCCAUUUAAACUUUUUACUGGAUUCCUAUUCCACUCUUUUCACUGUUUCUGUUGUUUACGAUUGUGUGCUUUGUUAUUCUGUUAUUAUUUUAUAAAAUUGAUUCUAUUAACGUAUAGUGGAUAUGAUAUGAUUUCCAUCAAACAACAAAACAAAAGGUACAUUUGUAAAUCAGAGUUAAUCAUUUCCAUUUUCAGCCAUUUUAUUUCAUACACAAAUGAUUUCUAGAAAAGAAGUUUAAGUUUCAGGUUAAAUAACUUGUCAACAAACACCAAAGCAUUUUAUUCUAAUGAAUCUUUUCUAAAGUUUUAUUUUCACUGCUCAGAUUUGUUUGGAAGUAACUGAUGCCCUCAAGAUAAAUUUUGAGAACAUUUGGGAGAACCUUUAACCCGGGUUUCUUUGACAGAGCAAACAUCCAAUUCCUAAAAUGAUCUUCAAUGAGCUCUUAAUUCCAACCAUUUUUAUUAAAAGAAGUUUUACAUUACAAUUGUUUCUGUUUUUUAGAUUGAAAUUGUGUACUUGGCUAUGUACAGUAAAUGCCACACGCGGUUAUUUAUCCAUUAAAUCACCACAAUUCUAUUUGAA